AUUUCAAGACUCUUGCUAGUCUCUCAUCUCCUUCCUUCCUUAAGAGUUCGAGAUCCUCUCUCUUUCUCUCUCUAGCUCUCUGACAGUCGUCUCUCCCCCUGAGCUCUCCAGUGAUCUCUUAUCAGUCGGCCAUUCCCAGUCAGCCAUUGAUAAUUGGUUUUCCAUGGCGGCGGCGGCCAUGCCUAGCCCCAGCCCUAGCCGCAGCAGCAGUAGCUGCUGCAGAGUGGCCGCCGUUCCAAACCUAAACCUCCCAGCGGGGUUCCGUUUCCACCCCACUGACGAGGAGCUCAUCGUCCACUACCUCAUGAACCAGGCCGCCUCCAUCCCUUGCCCUGUCCCCAUCAUCGCCGAGGUCAACAUCUACCAGUGCAACCCCUGGGAUCUCCCCGCCAAGGCGCUGUUCGGCGAGAGCGAGUGGUACUUCUUCAGCCCACGGGACAGAAAAUACCCCAACGGCGCGCGCCCCAACCGCGCCGCCGGGUCGGGGUACUGGAAGGCCACCGGCACCGACAAGGCCAUCAUGUCCACGCCCACCGGCCAGAACAUCGGCGUCAAGAAGGCGCUCGUCUUCUACGGCGGCCGGCCGCCCAGGGGCGUCAAGACCGACUGGAUCAUGCACGAGUACCGCCUCGUCACCGCCGACGCCGACGGCAAGACAACGGCGGCCAAGCGCAGAGGAGGAUCCAUGAGGCUGGACGACUGGGUGCUGUGCAGGAUCCACAAGAAGAGCAACGACUUCCAGUUCCAGUUGUUGUCGGAGCAGGAGCAGGAUGGCUCUUCCACCGUAGAGCAGGAAUCCCCAAAGUCAGAAUCACUUGAGCAGGAGCAGUUCCAGUUCCAGUUGCAUCAGACAACGACGCUGACGAUGACCAAGUCGUGCUCGCUCACCGACCUGCUCAACAGCAUCGACUACUCGGCGCUGUCGCAGAUCCUGGCCGAUGGCCCUGUUGAUGGCAACCAAGAACAACUGCCGCAGCCGCAGCAGAACCCUCCUCCUCUAAUCUACACAACUACAACACAUGAAACGCACCAAGCACUAAUAAACAACUAUAACAACAACAACAACAACAACAAGUUGAACAACAGCCACUUAAAUUAUUUGCCACACACAAACGCGGCAUGUUCAGAUUAUGUCGUCGUUGCUAAUAAUAACUAUGACAACGGUGUGAACAAGAGGAAACGGAUGAUGAUGAUGACAGCCGCCGGCGCCAUGGACGAGGGUGCAGGCAGCAACGGUUUCAGUAAGAAACUGAAGGCGGUGCUGCCAACUGAUUCAAAGAACAGCAGCUACUGCAACCAGCAGGUUGUGGACACGAGUGGGUUGUUUCAGUACAGCAGCCUGCUCAGCUACCCAUUCCUGGAGAUGCAGUAGUAGUAGCUAGUAUCUGGCCUGUUUCGAACGCAGGAAUUUCAUAAGAAUCGUCAGGAGUUUCACAGCAGUUUAAUUUUACAUGAGAAACUACUCAGGAACAUGAUUUUUUUUCCCGUGUUCGAAACUGAGAGAUCUUGAUGUGAAUUCAUAUACAAAAGUUUAACACAAGAACAAACAGAGCCGACGGGUGAUCGAUUUUUCCGCCAUUGGAACGUUGUCACCGUCUGGGGAGAAGUGGAGAUCCAAUGAUCAGAGGAAGAACUGGAUUAUUGUUGCUUGCUUGUGACCGGAACGCACAACUCAAAUUGAGUUUCUCUUGAGUAUUUUCUUUCCAUUUUUUUAGUGUAAAAUAUUUUUAUUGUAAAAUAGGAGGUGUACUACUACGACUUAAAGCCACCUGUGGAUCAAUGAACGAUGACCACGUUUCUUGUACUAUAUCUAUAUUUUUAUGGGAGUAUUUGUAUUCAGCAUGUGCUGCUUAAUUGGUA